AUGGCAUGCGACCCUGCCAGGGGUGAACUUCCAGCCCGCACGCAGCCAGUCCUCGAACCUUCCCUCCUUCGCAUGGAAGCUGACCGAGCUCCCUCGGUCCUGUGGAGCCUGCCCAAUGCCGAGCACUACGCCCUGCAGUACGCGGACGGGCGGCAGACCUACAUCACUGAGUCGAACCGCGGGGAGAUUAAGAACGGGAGCAUUUUACGGCUGACCACCUCCCCGGACCAAGAAGCAGAGAGGUUGUACAGCGGGAUCCAGAGCAACAACUCGGAUGUGAAGACUGACUCGCUGAAGAAGCUUGCGAGCCUCUCCCAGGAUGUCACCUUUGCUCAGGAGUUCAUCAACAGGAAUGGCUUGAAACAAAUCUUCUAUAUAGUGGAAGAAGGGAAUGAUACAGGGGAGAUGCUAGCUCACACCCUGAAGGCCUUCAUGGAGCUGAUGGAGCAUGAUUUCGUUUCCUGGGAGACUCUUAGUGCAGCCUUCAUCAAGAAAAUAGUGAGUUACGUCAAUAUGAACGCGGUGGAUGCGUCUGUCCAGCAGCUCUCCUUGUCUAUCUUGGAGAACAUGGUACCCACCAGUCGUCCCCUCUUUGAGCUAGUCAAAAAAGAAGUGACGCUGGAUCGUCUUCUCACCCACCUGCAGGUGACAAACGCCCAGCUGCAGCUGAAGGCGAUGGCCCUGCUCAUUGCGCUGCUGCUGGCUGCCACCGAGGCUGAGCGGCGGGACAUGAUGGACUACCUGAGGGAGAAGAACAUCAGGCAGUUUAUCCACAAGAACAUCAUCCACAGCUCCGAGCCACUGGCGGAUGAGAUGGCCCAUUAUCUGUACGUGCUGCAGUCCGUCAGCCUCAACCUGUGCGAGCGUCGCAUGAGGACCUCCAUGGAUCCCUACUCACAGGAACAGCGGGAGCUCCUCCAGUCUCUGCGCCAAACCGCCUUUGAGUCGGAGAGCGAGGCACCUGCCAGCAACUUCAGCACCGAGCGCCGGCGAUCCCUGUGUGCCAAGGAGUUCCGCAAGCUGGGCUUUAACAACAGCAACCCAGCAGAGGACCUCCGCCGUGCCCCGCCAGGACUCCUUGCCCUCGACAACAUGGUGUAUUUCUCCAGGCACACCCCCAAUGCCUAUAGCAGGUUCGUCCUUGAGAACAGCAGCCGGGAAGACAAACACGAAUGUCCCUUCGCUCGAAGCAGCAUCCAGCUCACCCUGAUCCUCUGCGAGAUCCUGCACGUUGGAGAGCCGUGCUCGGAGACGGCUCAGGCCUUUUACCCUAUGUUCUUCGGGCAGGAUCAUUUCUUUGAAGAGCUCUUCUGCAUCUGCAUCCAGUUGGUGAACAAGACCUGGAAGGAGAUGCGCGCUACCCAGGAGGACUUUGACAAGGUGCUGCAGGUGGUGCGGGAGCAGAUCACCAGGACCCUGUCCCUCAAGCCCACCUCCCUGGAGUUAUUCAAGACCAGAGUGAACGCACUGAACUACAGCGAGAUCCUGAAGCUGCGGCAGACGGAGAGGCUGCACCAGGAGGAGACACUGGCCGUGCCCGUGCUAGGCUUGCCCCCAUGUCCCCUGUCACUGGGGAAGUCACAACCAGUAUGGAGCAGCAUGCCUGGCUCCCUGGACGGCUGGUGCCAUGGGGUGGGACCAAACAAGCUCUGGUACUGCCGCCUGUCACCCAACCACAAGGUGCUGCACUACGGGGACGUGGAGGAGGGGGUGCCCUCUCCCCCCAUCGAGAGCCUGCCGGAGAAAAUUCCUGUGGUGGACAUGAAGAUGCUGCUCGUGGGGAAGGAGUGUCCGCACACGAAGGAGAAGAGCUCCGGGAAGCAGAACAAGGACGUCCUGGAGCUGGCCUUCUCCAUCGUGUAUGACAUGGAGGAAUACUGCCUCAACUUUGUUGCCCCCACCCGGUAUGAGUUCUGCCUGUGGACAGACGGGCUGAACGUCCUUCUGGGCAAGGAGAUGACAAGUGAGCGAACGCAGACGGACCUCGAUGUCCUGCUGUCCAUGGAGCUCAAACUGCGCCUCCUGGACCUGGAGAACAUCAGCAUCCCCGACACUCCUCCUCCUGUCCCAAAGCCCCCGAGCAACUUAAACUUCUGCUACGACUUCAGCCACACAGAGCAGUGA